AUGCGGAAGCCGCACCGCUUCUUCAGCCUCAGCCGGCCGAAAUUACGCCAGUCGUGGAAUAAGUUCAACCUCUACAACCUUUCUCGUGAUGUCGGGCGCGAGCCCCAGGUCAGGGGCUCCCCGACCUUCUUUCAGCAGAAAUGGCAGGCCAAGUCGAAAACGAGAGCUUACCACGGCGAGCAUAUCCCCGAAAAGAAAUGGUAUCUCGCGGCUCAUGAUGGUUCGGAACAAGCCGCCGGCCGAGGCUCCGGCCUGACUACCACCGCUGUGACGGCUGAAUCUUACUCCAACCUCCCCAAUCUUGCCAUGGACGAUGAACCCACGAUGCAGCGUGCAAACGUCAACAAACUGCUGUCAAUACCCUUCGCCAAGAUGACUCCCUACAUGCAGAUGACAUUCGCGCCACUGGAGCGUAGGCUGGACACGGCCGUCUUCCGAGCUUUGUUUGCCAGCAGCGUUCGUCAGGCGCGCCAGUUCGUCAUCCACGGGGCUGUCAAGGUCAAUGGCAAGAAGAUGGUCCACCCAUCUUAUCAGCUAAAUCCCGGCGACAUGUUCCAAGUCGACGUUGAGAAAGUACUCUACGGGACGGGGCAGCAGAAGAAAGCCAACGGAAACCAGCGCCUACGCGAGAAUCUCGAUCCAGCCGAAGAAAGUGAACAGGAAGAUGGCGCCUCGGAGGGAGACGGCGCCGCUGGCAAGGCGGAGGGCGAAACAGCUGCCGGCCUCGAGAUCGAGUCCCUGACGGCGGAGGAGACUUGGAAGAUGAAUAGCAAGACGCUCAAGUAUCUUCUCAAAGACGUCAAGAAAAUCUUGGAAAACAACCGCCAGGAACUCACGGCCAAGGAGAAGAAGGCGCUUCGUCUGUUCCGAGCAGAUGUCAGGCGCUUCCUGGCACGCCCCGAUGACAGCGCGACAAGUGUUGAGGAGCUUCUCAAGGAAUUGCAAAUGCGGAUGAAGAGCCACGAGCUCAUGCGCGAGAGCUUUGACAAACUCGUGCCGAAGCUGGAUAACGAGGAGUCGUCUGCCGAUCAGGAGCAGCCGCAGCAUACCAGCCAACGCCAAAUAGACAAGGGCCUGGAGAGCCUUUCGGAGGAGCAGAAGGAGAAGGCGAAGCGCAUCAUGGGGUCUGCUCAGCUGACCCGGGACGAGAUGCGAAAGCUUAGCGCGCUGCUCAAAUCGGACGAGGAGAACCCGGUCGACGACAGCAAACCUUACGCAACGCCUUGGCGGCCUCGGCCAUUCAUGUCGGCCUUUGCCUUUGUUCCUCGAUACCUGGAGGUCAACCCCGACAUCUGUGCGGCUGUCUACCUACGCCACCCCGUAGCGAGGAAAGGCAUGGCAGAAGUGCCGACACCAUUCAGCUACCUGACGAGCCAGUUGGCGCACAAUUGGUAUCUGGAACGGGGUUGA